AUGAAUAAAAUUAAAUCUUAUCUUUCCUAUUAUUGCCAUCGAUGGGGAUUUCUUAUUCUCUCGAUCGCUGGAAUUUGUUUAUUUAUAUAUUCUAUUGUUCCUCGUGUUAACUCUGGAACUUCAAAAUUGUCUGCUACUGAUGAUUUUUUUCUACCUCGAUCUUUACAAUGUUCACACAAAAACAGAACUAGACUUGAAUCCGGUCGUUUACAUCUAGCACGUAGUCGAGUUAUUAUUUGUGGAAUGAUACGUGAUCAUGAAAUGCAGAUUCCUCGUAUUCGUCAACAAAUUGAAGAGAUAACACGCCUGUUUGCUGAUUACGUCAUUAUUAUUGUGGAGAACGAUUCCAAAGAUGGAACACGACGUGAAUUAAUUCGUUGGGCUCAAGAUAAGAAAGUUGCUGGUCGAAUUCAUGUUAUUGGAUGUGGUAAUAAAGUUAAUGAUGAUCGUCCAUGUAACUUAUCAUUAGCUCGUACUGCAGCCGAUCAUCCUCCGGAUCUAUCACGUAUUGAAAAGAUGGUUCAAUUGCGAAAUAUCUAUAUGAAAUAUAUUGAAGAUAACACUCAAUUAUCCCAAUUUGAAUAUGUUCUCGUACAAGACUUUGAUUUGAUUAGUUACACCUAUGUUGAUGGGAUUCUCUCAACUGGUUUUCAUCUCUACACAGAUCCAACUAUCGAUGCAAUUUGUGCAAAUGGCCUCUAUAAUCAUAUACUAUUCGGUCGUAGAAAAUAUCGUGAUCCAUAUGCACACAAAGAUGAACAGAAUCAAAAAUGGAGUGUAAAUCAUAAUAAAGUAUGGUCGUCAUUUUUUCGAUUCUAUCCAUGUAGUAUCGAUUUAGUACCUGUACGAUCAUGUUUUUCUGGUGCAACUUUUUAUCGAUACUCAAGUAUAAAAGGAAAAUAUUAUCGUACGUACCUCGAUUCAUACAAACAAGCAAUUUGCGAACAUGUUGGAUUACAUGAGACACUUAACAAAGUGUAUUUAAAUAGUGAAAUGAUUUUAUAUGUAAUAAGAAAUGAUGAUUGA